AUGACUGCGAGGUAUGAUCGUGCAAUCACCGUAUUUUCGCCAGAUGGGCAUCUUUUUCAAGUAGAAUAUGCACAGGAGGCUGUUAAAAAAGGCUCCACGGCUGUGGGCGUUAGGGGCGCGGAUUGUGUUGUUCUUUGUGUCGAGAAGAAGGCCACAACUAAGCUUCAAAAUGACAGAACAGUGCAUAAAAUCUCCCUUCUCGACGAGCACAUUUCUGUUGCGUUUGCAGGUCUCACUGCUGAUGCUCGAAUACUCAUCGACAGGAUGCGAAUCGAGUGCAAGAGCUACCGUCUCACCGUUGAGGAUCCCGUCACCGUUGAGUAUAUUGCGCGGCAUAUGGCUCAGCUAAAGCAAAAGUAUACCCAGAGCAAUGGCCGGAGACCAUUCGGUGUCUCCACUCUAUUAUGUGGUGUUAAUAAAGACGGUUCUACCCACUUGUAUCAAACGGACCCCUCUGGAACACACUUUGAGUGGCUGGCCAAUGCUAUUGGCAAGAAUUCCAAAGCUGCUCGUGAAUUUUUGGAGAAAAACUACAAAGAGGAAGCUGUAGCCACAGAAGAAGGCACCAUUAAACUGGCCGUAAAAGCUCUAGUCGAAGUCGUUCAGACUGGCGCUAAACACAUGGAAUUAGGUGUUAUGAAACGACGAACUCAACGAAAACCCGGGGAAUCCUUUGCUGAGUGGAAGAUGCUUACGUCCGAGGAAAUCGACCACUACGUGAAAGCAAUUGAACGAGAACGCGAGGAGGAGGCCGAGAAGAAGAAACAAAAGGCAGAGUCCGUUGGAGGCGGUGGAUCCUAUUGA